AUGAAGAGACCUUUACAUUCAAGAGAAGUUGUUUCUACGACUUACACUGCCGAGAAAGCAUCCUGAAUCUCCCAUUUAGCACUAUAGCUGUGGCUGGGGAGCCAUCAGGCAUACAAAGGUUUACAACAGGAGAGGAACAGGCAGACAAAAGGUGACAGCACAUCUCAUCAUGGCAUCAGCAGCUCUACAGUUCUUUGCUUUCAUUCUAGCCUUGUUUGGUGUUUUCGGUGCAAUUACAGCCACCUUGUUGCCCAACUGGAAGGUGAAUGCAGAUGUAGGUUCAAACAUCAUCACAGCCAUAACUCAGAUGCAAGGACUCUGGAUGGACUGCACAUGGUACAGCACCGGGAUGUUUAGCUGCACGUUGAAAUAUUCAAUCCUCUCCCUCCCUGUUUACAUCCAGGCAGCACGGACCACCAUGGUGUUGUCUUGCAUCCUCUCCACUUUUGGAAUCUGCAUCGCCACUGUGGGGAUGAAGUGCACUCGGCUGGGAGGAGACCAGGACACCAAAAGCCACACUACAUUUGCAGGAGGUGUCUUCUUCAUCCUUGCAGGUAUAUUCGGCUUGAUACCAACAGCCUGGUACACGAGAGAAAUCAUUUCAAAUUUUCUGGACCCAACAGUCCCAGAAAGCAGUAAGCAUGAACCAGGAGGAGCAGUUUACAUUGGAUUCAUUUCAGCAGGACUUCUGCUCACUGCAGGUGCCAUCUUUGGCACUUCCUGUUUUACAAAGCAACAAAGAGCAUGGAUUUAUCCCAAUAAAACGCAGCAACAGUUCCCAGCUGCCCAGCAAGAGAACAACACAGGCUACAACCUGAAGGAUUAUGUGUAAAUACAGUUGUCGGUCUGUCACUUAGGGCUCCUGCCCAGUUGGGGGGGGGAGUGUUUAUUGUAGUUCUGGGUUUUUAAAAAUAUCAAAGAAAGUUUUUUGUUCUUGAUGCAAGUGUCAUCAUUACACUCUGGUAUGGUACUGGGGGGAAAUUUAAAUCACUGCAACAACCAUUAAUUUAUGUUGAUAUUGCUUUGCAACUGAAUUGUAUUAGAAAAAAA